AUGGACAUUUUUCUGCGAUUUAUGAGUGAUCCUGGUUUUCAACUGGAUACUGGCAAGGAUAGUGGGUGGGUGAAGGAGCGGAUUUUAAUGUACUGUAGAGUUAAACGUUCGGGCGCGCGCGUUCGUCUUUUUGGACACGCUCGACUUGUGGGCGGAGACGUAGAAGUGUGCGCGGGUGGGGCCUGCUCGUGCAGUGUGCAGAGACCGGCCUCUGAGUCCACCCACAUCGCAUCCGCGCCGCUCACGCCCCAGCAGCAGCCAUGUCGGCUGUCGUUGCCGUGGGCAACGUCGGAGGGCCAAAGGAAACAACACGCAAGCCUCAAAGCCCGCGCCGCUCAACCAGUGCCAACGUCUGGACGGUCACUGACUGAGUGGGGUGCUCCAGGAUUACGGCUAUACCUUCGGCGGGACUGCGGAGAUAGACAAGGAGAUGGUAUUUCAAGGAUGAGUAGGAAUGUUGGCGUCGGUGAUGACUGCGUAGACGUCAAAGAAAGUGAGAACAAAGGAAGGACGAACAGUAAGUUGGAGCGCACGAUGGCAGGGACAGAUGCUUGGUUACGGGAGGGAAGGAGAGGGGGUGAUUGCGAGAGCAUGAGCAAGCUUGCUAUAAUGUUGAGAGGAAGCGAUCAGGAAGGGUGUGGGACGGGUGUGGGCGUGCAAGUAGAAGUAGUUGUGAGCGUGAGAGUAGGCGUGGGCUUGAGAAUAUGUGAGAACGCAUGCGUGUUAGGAGAUUGUGAAGUGGUGGGAGUGAGCCUAAGGAUGGAAAUGAGUGUAGGUGUGGAGGUGCGAGGAUGUGAAAUGGAGUAUGAGAGGAUCGUUGCUGGCGACGGCGGGGCGGUCGGUUGCCCGGGAGUGGAGGCGGGCGCUGACAGAGACAGUCAGUCUCCCGCCGCCGCCCCCGCCGCCGCCGCCCCCGCAACCGCUUGGCUCAGCGCCGCCGCCGCCGCGGCUCAGCCCGAUUCCCUGGAGGGGGUGGAGGUGGACAUGGACGACAUUCCUCCAGAACAGAUUGCCAUGUUGAAAAAGGCAUUUGAUGCCUUCGACAGAGAAAAGAAGGGCUGCAUCAGCACAGAGAUGGUGAAAGACAUCCUGAGGAUGCUGGAAAUUCCAGUGGACGAUGCCACCCUGAAAGUCAUCAUUGAUGAAGUCGACGAAGACGGUUCCGGCCAGUUGGAGUUUGAAGAAUUCGUAACACUAUCUGCAAGGUUCCUGAUUGAAGAAGAUUCUGAAGCUCUGGAAAAGGAGUUGAAGGAAGCUUUCCGCUUAUAUGACAAGGAAGGCAACGGCUACAUUACCACCAGUGUUCUACGUGAAAUUCUGAAGGAACUCGAUGAUAAGCUGACAAACGAAGAAUUGGACAUGAUGAUUGAGGAAAUUGAUACUGACGGUUCUGGAACCGUUGACUUCGAUGAGUUCAUGGAGGUGAUGACCGGAGAGUAAAUUUUUUCCAUCUUCUGUUCUGGAUUUCACGGUCUCGUCCACUCGCAUCACACACCACCGUCAUCCGCUGGUUCGCAUAUUGUGAACAUCCAACCAUCUACAUUUCUAUGGGGCUGAAUAAAAUAUAUUUAUGAUAUGUUUCAAUGUUGAUUUUUAUUGUUUACUUCUGUGUUCACGCAUUUGAAUUACUUUCCACGAUUAAACCUAAAGUUAAUAUAUUUUAAGCAUUCAUAUUCAAACAUAUUUUUGAAUGUUUUAUACAGCGCAAUUGCACGAUUGAAUUACGAAUAAAAGUGAAAUAAAGACAAUAUGUAAAAAUAAAGGCAAUGAAUUUUUAAAACGUAAUGAAGAUUCUGUAAUAUCUGUUAUGUAGUUGAUGAAGAAUAAUAACCUUAAACAAUAAAAUUACAUCAGAAAUAAAAGAUUAGUAUUAUAAGAAGUUGAUUACAACGAUUUACGUUGACAAUUUACACGAAAGCAAACUCUUUUGAUAUAUUCUAUUUUAGUUUAACAAAUUUCUGAGAUGUUGAUAUUUAAAAAUAUGUACAUUGGUGGAAGAUGUAAUUGUCACGAAUAAGCAUAAAAUAUGAAGAUAAUGCUUUUACUCCACUCUAAAGGACUUACACCAUUUCCAUAUUUAUUAAAUGUGUAAAACUUUUUCGAUGAAAAUAAAUGUGGACA